CAAACAAAACCAUUUCGGAAAAUGAAACUGAUAAUUUCGUAACGCUUUAGUUGUUCGAUUUCCCCAAUGCUGAUACAUGAUUCAUUUUACUAUUUCUUAGUAAAAAAUGGCGAUAGAAACUAAUGUUGGUGAUGGCAAUGGUAAUGAUCUUAAGAAGAGGCGAUGUGGUUGCAGCAAGCAAGAUUUCUUACCAGAAGACUCAUUUCAGAGUUGGACAAGCUAUGUCAAUGCAUUGUCCAACACAAAAUCUAGGCUCAAAGACCGUCUGCUGGCACGUUCCAUGGACCACGUAGAGCUGCAUGAAAUGCGUGCUCGUAGCCAGCAUGAAAUGAAGAAAACCCUGACUUGGUGGGAUCUCAUUUGGUUCGGCAUGGGAGCUGUGAUGGGUUCUGGGAUAUUUGUCCUUACCGGUGAAGCUGCCAGGAACCACUCCGGGCCUGCUGUCGUGGUUUCUUAUUUUAUUUCAGGUAUAACUGCAUUGCUUUCAGUUCUGUGCUACACUGAAUUCGCCAUCGAAUUGCCUGUUGCUGGCGGCUCUUUCACGUAUCUCAGAGUGGAGCUUGGCGAUUUCAUUGCUUACGUUUCAGCUGGAAACAUUCUCUUUGAGUAUGUAGUAGCUGGUGCUAGUGUGGCAAGGUCCUGGACUUCUUAUCUCGCUACUCUGUUCAACCAUGCUCCCGACAGUUUCCGCUUUCAUGUUUCAUCCUUUUCUGAACAUUACAGCCAUUUAGACCCCAUCGCAGUUGCUAUUUCAGUAGUCAUAGGCAUUGCCGCAGGUAUAAGCAUGAAAGGGUCAGCCAGGUUUAACUCUGCCGCCACCAUUGUCCAGCUGGUAGUCAUCCUUUUCAUCCUCAUCGUUGGUUUAACCAAGGCUGACCCCAACAAUUACUCCGACUUCGCCCCAAAUGGGAUCCCUGGCAUUUUGAAAGCUUCCUCGAUUCUCUUCUUUGCUUACGUGGGGUUCGAUGGAGUGGCAACCUUUGGAGAAGAGAUCAAAAACCCUGGUCGAGAUAUACCCAUCGGCCUAAUCGGCUCCAUGUUGGUUAUCAUAACGGUGUACUGCCUUCUCGCAGCGACACUGUGCUUGAUGCAGCCAUACUCCCAGAUCGAUGUCAAUGCACCAUUUACACUGGCGUUCAAAGCCGUAGGCUUGAAAUGGGCCCACUACAUUGUUGCGUUUGGUGCAUUGAAAGGCAUGACCACGGUUUUGUUAGCCAACUUGGUUGGCCAAUCUCGCUAUUUCACCCACAUCGGUCGCACCCACAUGGCACCACCGUUCCUUGCACACAUCAAUGAGAGGACGGGAACACCGGCUAACGCUACGAUCAUGAUGACCAUCUUGAAUUCCAUUGUGGCAUUCUUCACCAGCCUUGAAGUGUUGGCAAACCUCCUUUCCUUAGCCACAUUGUUUAUCUUCUCAAUGGUUGCAUUGGCUCUCCUCGUUAGACGUUACUAUGCCAAAGGUGAGACGACAAGCUGUGACAGAAACAAGCUCGUCGGGUUCCUGGUCCUGAUCUUGGCAUCCUCGAUUGCUAAUGCGGUGUACUGGGCCGUAGGCAAGAAUGGGUGGAUCGGCCAUGUAGUGACUGUCGCAGUUUGGUUCUUGGCAACGCUUGGGCUAAAAUUGCUGGUGAAGGAAGCGAAGAAACCCAAGCUGUGGGGGGUGCCGUUGGUUCCAUGGUUGCCAUCAGCUUCUGUUGCCAUUAAUGUGUUCAUCAUGGCCUCAGUCGACGGGGCAUCUUUCAUGAGAUUUGUGGUAUGGACGUUGGUCUUGCUCGUCUAUUACAUUUUCAUUGCACUCCAUGCCUCGUAUGAUGCAGCCAAGGAGAUUGAGGAAACAAGAGCCACCGCAACAAACCUCGAGGGUGGAGCACGAGGAUGAAUGCGUAUGCCAUUGCUCUCCGCCUCUCCCACUCUCUCUCUUCUCGUCAAGGUUAGACCGCUAAUUGCUUUGGACAAUAUCCAAAGGUUUUUUCAAGCAUUCAUGUUCGAAAAGGUUUAGAACCUAAAGGAGUUUUUGGCUACUGGUGGUCUCUUUAACAUGUUAAAACUUUGAUCCUUCCUCGAACCGACAAGGCAAAAAGGAUCAAAAUAAGACGAACUAAAAAUAUUGCCAAUAGAGAAGAAUAUUAUGAUUCGAAUACUGAGAUACACAAUAAGUGAAACACCCCUUCCCAAUGCAUUGAACACUGAACACUGCAUGUAAAAAAUAUAUUAAGAUGGCAAUGAAAUAUGGCACAAAUGGGGAAGAAAGGAGAAAAAAAA